UGGGAAAGGAGGAAGAGAAAGAGUUGAAAUAGAAGACUGACUGUUCCACAGAGUCAGUUUCAUACAGAAACAGUGUGUGGAAUUACUGCGGAUAGAGAACUGGAUUCAAAACAUAACAAAUUGUUGAACAAAACUCAGUAAUCUCAUCAAAGAAAUUAUAGACUGAAGUAAUCAUCUCAGUCUGUCAAGGAUUUGUCUAUACUUUGAAUAAAGGGAUUUGUUUGGGUGAAAGAACAUUUUUAAAGUUUUUCUACAAGAGGAAAGGUGGUUUUGAAGGGUGUGGACAAUCAGCUCGAUUGCUCUAAACCAAAAACUAUCACACCUGCCAGACUGAUGAACGGCAAGUUGAGCCUUUCCCAUAAUGGGACCCUGGAGAAACCUGUCUCCCUCCAGCCUUCCAGUGAGCAGGGGGAGUCUGAAUCCCCUCAGCCCCGUCUCCAUCACACUGGCUCCAUCUCUUUGAGUUUGCCAGCAAAUGCACCCAGCCCAGAGGUGGUGGUGGUUCCUCCUCCGUACUCAAUAGCAGGCAGUGCAGCCAAUGAUCCUCCCAUGGAGUUGAGGGGCUCUUUGGACUGUUGGGCCUGCUCUGUUCUGGUGACAGCACAGAAUCUAAUCAUCGCCACUCUAAAUAUGGGUCUGGCUGCAAUUAUCUUUGGCCUCGUCCUCUUGCCGUCACUUGUCAUGGUCGUUUUUGGCUUCCUUUGCCAUUCCACGGUUAAGCGCCAUGGCACUAACAUCUACUGUUCAGAUUUCUUGGAUGAUGGAGGCUGUGUGGCUUUGCUGGUGGUGGGCUUCCUGCUGCUGGUUCCACUGCUGGUUCUGGCCCUGGCUGCAUACUGCAGGAUGGCACGCCACCUCCAGCUGGGUCUGUGCUUCAUUCCCUACAGCCGUGCUGUCUACAAGAACCUGCCUGCAUCACAUCAUCGAGGCCUAGGGGGCUGCUGCAGCCAGCAGGGGGCAGAAGACAGUGAAGGAAAGGGUUGUCACACAAAAACCUCCCUGCAAUGUUCUAGGAAGAUCUGAUAUUCCACACAGCCAUGGGUAAAAAAGUCUUGCUGUGUUAUCUCUGGUACAAACGGUGUAAAGACAGGGGUAAAGUCAGGCUGUGCCCUCCUCCAGCUGUUCCAUCUGUUGAGGUGCAGCCUGGCUUCUCUCCAACAGUCACCUGGGGUUAUGAUGGAGAGGAAAGCACUGUGCGUCUUGUGUAUUUUCCACAUAAAGCGCGAGUAGCUUGUCGCCACCAGAUGGAUGGCAAUAUUAUUGAUGCCAUCUGCUGACCUCGGGGCUUCCUUCCCAGAAUCUCUUGCCUUGAACCUGUCUGUAGACUUCCAGAACACAAUAUAGAGGAGCACUAGGAGACAGUUCUGUCUGGUGUAAUUAAACUAAAUCUUUUGUAUUUGGUGAAGGUGUCACUUGCUCUGAAAUUGUACAGUAUUAUCCUAUAGUUCCUCUAACCUUUUGGCAGAGGUUCACCUGUUUUGUACUUAUUUAUGUUUACAUUUUUCAAGGGACACAGAGUGGACAUAAUAUAUGGACUGAGGUGGAGACAUAGUGUUGUAAAUAAAAAUACAUUGUAUGUUUGUCAUACAUAUAUAAUCCUGUAUGUAAGAUUUCCUGAUGUUUUUUCAUUGUCACUGAGACCUUUAAAGAAAAUUAAUCAUGUUUUUGCAUCAUGACAUUAUUA